CUCUCUCCCUUCCCUUCCCUUCCUCCCUCCUUUUCGGGGAUGUACGAAAGCGUGGAUGUGGUGGGUUUGAGCCCCGGCCCCAGCAGCCCCAGCCCGGGCUCCUUCCUCAGCAUGGACUACUACCACAGACCCCCGGGGCUCGGGCCGGAGAAGGGGCUCCUGUCCGGGGUGGCGGCGCUCCAGCGGCCGUUCGGAGGCUCGCUGGUGACGGGGAGACACUGGAGCGGAUCCAGCCACUCUAUAGAGACCGAGAGCACGAGUUCAGGGGAAGACCUGCUGGUCCCCAGCCCUCCUUCACCUCCACCUCCACCUCGUGUCUACAAGCCCUGCUUCGUAUGUCAGGACAAAUCUUCAGGAUACCACUAUGGAGUCAGCGCCUGUGAAGGCUGUAAGGGCUUCUUUCGGAGGAGCAUCCAGAAGAACAUGGUGUACACGUGCCACCGAGACAAAGUCUGCGUCAUAAACAAAGUCACAAGGAACCGGUGUCAGUCCUGUCGGCUGCAGAAAUGCCUCGACGUCGGCAUGUCGAAAGAGUUGGUGCGCAAUGACAGAACAAAGAAGAAGAAGGAGGAGAAGAGGCAGGUGGACACAGAGAUCUACGUCCUGUCAGCAGACACGGAGCAGAUGAUCGAACGAGUCCGUCGAGCCCAUCAGGACACCUUCCCGUCCCUCUGUCAGCUGGGAAAGUACACCACGAACAACAGCGCCGAGCACCGCGUCGCUCUGGACGUCAGCCUCUGGGACAAGUUCAGCGAACUGUCCACCAAAUGCAUCAUCAAGACGGUGGAGUUCGCCAAGCAGCUUCCCGGCUUCACCACGUUAACCAUCGCCGAUCAGAUCACGCUGCUCAAAGCCGCCUGCCUCGACAUACUGAUUCUGAGGAUCUGCACCCGCUACACCCCAGACCAGGACACCAUGACCUUCUCCGACGGCUUGACCCUGAACCGCACCCAGAUGCACAACGCCGGGUUCGGACCGCUCACAGACCUUGUUUUCUCCUUCGCCAACCAGCUGCUGCCGCUGGAAAUGGACGAUGCGGAGACGGGACUGCUCAGCGCCAUCUGCCUGCUCUGUGGAGAUCGUCAGGAUCUAGAGGAGUCAGAGAAGGUGGAUGUUCUUCAGGAGCCAAUGCUUGAAGCCUUGAAGGUUUGACAUGAGUUUCUUACACUACUUAGCCCGCGGUAAUCAAAACAAAGAGGUUUAUUGAAACAGAAAAAUAGUAAAUAUAGGUGUCAUGUGAGAGUGCUCUGCCUGUGGCUUUCUGUUUUUUGGUUUGUUUCUACUGAAGCUUUAAAAAUAGAUUGUUUAAUUAAUUCACACUCUAUUUGGAGCAGCAGGACAGUGUGUUUGUUGAGGGUAAUGAAAGAAAAAAAACAAAACACCAGUGCAGCAGUAACUCAUUGAUGUGUUUCAAUAGUUUGUGGACAACAGUGGUGCUUUAUGAGAAAUGAGGCUUUGAAUGGAGACGCAAUAUAGUAAAUUAAACAAUCUAUGAAUCGUUGUUGUUGUAGGAUUUGUUAGCAAUAAAACUAUAGAAUGUUACAUAAAUGUAUUGCACAGACUGUAUAACCGCUACCCUGUUAAUAAGCACAGUACACAGUGUACAUUAUCCAUAUUUAUAUCAUACACGUCUAUAUAUUGUCACUGCAUGUGCACGUCUGGUUAGCUGCUACCUGGACUUUGUUGAAAAUGUAGUUUUUUAGUUUCAGACUAAAUUCCAGCACAGUGCUGCCCACUAAAUGUCACACCGCUUUAUAGAAUAUCGAAGUCCUGAAUCACUUCCUGUAUAACCUGUAGUAAAACAGCCCGUUUAGUGUCAUAGAAUAAUGUCAUAAUUCAGGUUUCUGUCAUAACAAAAUCACCGAAAUUGAUUCCAGGAAUAACUUUUGCCCAUUGAGAGUCACAGCCGGCCGAUCGUUGCGGCUCACGGGCCGAGCGUCGGUCAUGCGUGGCAGAUUAUCAACGUGUUUGUUUGUUUGUCAGUGACCUGCUCACCUGAGAUCUGCUUCACUGAGUUAUUCACACACUGUUAGGGCACAACAAAGAGAAUCACGCUGUAUUAUUAUUAGUAGUAAUAGUGGCAAUUAAAUGCACAGAAAUGCCUUUUGAACAACCAUAACAGAUUUCUCAACACGAUUUCAACAGCAUCACAUACUC